UUUCGCGCUGGAGGAGCGGCCCACUCAGCGAUCGCGAGCAAUGCGAUUUGGAACUGCAAUCGGAUCGAAUCCCAAUCGCAGUUCCGUUGAUAACUCAACUCAGUCAUUUUCGAGUGUCGUGUGUGAUCGAAUCUACAUCUGCGGCUGAACAUCUUGCCUUAAAAACAUUACAACCAGAACUAGAAAACAUUCCAGGACUACUAAAAGUGACAACCAGACAAAAUGCAGUUGCUGAAUUUAGCGUGCCUCAAACAAAAGGUGGCACACAUCGCCAACAACAACAACCAGAACCAAAGCAAAGAAUCCCAAGAAAGAGAUCCGAAGGAUACAGGAAUCUUUGGGUGCUUUGCCAAGAAGGAAGAGCAGCAUCAAAAUCCGAAAAAGAAACAGUCAGAAGAACCCAGGGAGAGUUCCCAUUCGGGCAGCUAUAAAGUCCAGCAAAAGGAGCAAGAACAGAGGGAAUCGGAGAACGAGCAUCCAGCCAUUUACCGCCAGCAGGACGAGGAGUUUCAUCCGAUAAAAAAGGAGAAGCCCCAGAAAACCCCACCCAUAUCCAAGCAACCCCGUCCGCGGAAUACCCCAAGAUCGCAAAGUCAGCCGGCUUUAAACAACCGACGACGUCCGGGAACCCCACCACCACACACAGUCGCAGCUGGAAACGGAACCGCAAGCAGGAGCAUGACCUCCAUACCUGCCAAUCUGUCUAGCAAUAAUGUGGCUGGAGCAGCAACCUUACCAGGAGCUGCGGCACCGCCAGAGAAACAGCCGUGGCCAAACUCCAAGGACGAUUACGAGCUGAGGGACGUCAUUGGUGUGGGAGCCACAGCCGUUGUCCAUGGUGCUUACUGUAUUCCGAGGAACGAGAAGUGUGCCAUCAAGCGCAUUAACCUCGAGAAGUGGAACACAUCGAUGGACGAACUGCUCAAGGAGAUUCAAGCCAUGUCCUCUUGUUUUCAUGAGAACGUAGUCACCUAUCACACCUCAUUUGUAGUGAGGGAAGAGCUCUGGUUGGUGCUGAGACUUUUGGAAGGCGGUUCGCUGCUGGACAUCAUCAAGCACAAGAUGCGAACGUCUAAUUGCAAACAGGGUGUCUUCGACGAAGCCACCAUUGCCACGGUGUUGAAGGAAGUGCUGAAGGGAUUGGAGUAUUUCCACUCGAACGGGCAAAUUCAUCGAGAUAUCAAGGCAGGCAACAUUUUGAUUGGUGACGAUGGCACCAUCCAAAUCGCUGACUUCGGAGUGAGUGCAUGGCUGGCUACUGGCAGGGAUUUGUCCAGGCAGAAAGUGCGCCACACCUUUGUGGGAACACCCUGUUGGAUGGCUCCCGAGGUGAUGGAGCAAGAUCAUGGUUACGACUUCAAGGCGGACAUUUGGUCCUUUGGAAUAACGGCGAUCGAAAUGGCCACGGGCACUGCACCCUACCAUAAAUACCCGCCCAUGAAGGUGCUAAUGCUGACCCUGCAGAAUGACCCGCCCACCUUGGACACGGGUGCGGACGAAAAGGAUCAGUACAAGGCUUAUGGCAAGACAUUCCGCAAGAUGAUCGUCGAGUGCCUCCAAAAGGAGCCAUCGAAGCGUCCCACGGCUAGUGAGCUUUUGAAGCACGCCUUCUUCAAGAAGGCCAAGGAUCGCAAGUAUCUCACCCAGACACUGCUGCAAUCCGGGCCCAGUAUGGAGACCAGGGUUCACAAGGCGGCGAAACGGCAGCCAGGAGCUUCGGGUCGCUUGCAUCGCACGGUGACAGGCGAAUGGGUUUGGUCCAGCGAAGAGGAGGACAAUGGUGGCUCAGCCGCCGGUUCUGGAUCAGGAGGCAGAAAACACCCCUCCUCGGACUCGGAUUCCGAAGAUAGACCCAUAAACCGAUUGGAAAGAGCCGACUCCUCCGACAGCGACCGGGAUGAGCCUUCUCCCGAAAUAACACAUAGUGUUUCCUCAGCCACAGUGACACCUGGAGCUGCAGUUGGCGCUGCUGCUACCCGAGAGCUAACAGCUGGCAUGGCUCAGUUACCACUUCCCAGCGAAGCCGCCGGCGAAGCGCCACCAGUCAAUCUUGUCCUGCGCAUGCGCAACUUGCGACGUGAGCUCCACGACAUUCGCUUCGAGUUUGUAGUGGGAAAGGAUACAGCCGAGGGCAUCGCUACAGAACUGGUAGAUGCCGGUCUCGUUGACGCGCUGGAUACCCAACCGAUGGCUACGCAUCUGGAUCAACUGAUAGCUGCCAGUGCAACGAUGAAAACGAUUACUUUCCAAUUGAGCUCCGGCGUGCAGCCGGGCGAAGUGCCCGACGAACGAUCGCUGGUGGGAUAUGCGCAGAUCUCCAUCACGGACUAGUGAUCUGCCACGGAGCAUGCAUCACAGCCAACCCAACCCAUCACAAGAGCAUCCGAAACACCAACACAUAGCACCAUCCCUAGGAAACCAAGCCAGUCUGAUGAUACGUAAGGCCAGGAGGGUUCGGGAUCUGGAUUUCCCGACUGGAGCCGUUUCUGUUUGCUGCUUUUAGCACUGGACUAGAACUAACCGUAUAUGCUAGUGAUAGAUCUUAACGCGAGCCGAUCAUAGUAAACGAUAGAGAAACUAUCUAUACACACGUAUAUAUGUUAAAUAGGGUGGGUCGAUUUUGGUUGAAAAAGAUAGAGCGUGUAAAAUUAGGUUUCCAUGAUUUCAACCUCUUGGUAUAAAGUUGUUAUCAAGUGUUUGAUAUACUUACUAUUUAGCUUAAAUAUUUUUCAAUUGGUACAACCUAAAAAGCUAUAGGAUCUGAGUUAUACUACAAGUUGAAUCACUUGAAAUUGUUCUUUAGAUUUUAUUUAUCCAACUAGAAAUCGGCCCGCCUUACGUACUAUAUAAAUCCUAUGCGCAUUGUAAUUAAUCCAUGUGCCCCGACCCGUUUUUCUCGCCCCGCUAAAGUAAUUGAAGAAUCGUGUACUUAUUCGUUUCGUUUGUCUUUAAGUAGCUCUGUACAUACACCACUCGUAUAUAUAUAUAUAUAUAUAUAUAUAUAUAUAUAUAUAUAUAUAUACAUAUAUACAUACAUAUAUAUACAUAUAUAUACAUAUAUAUAUAUAUGUAUAUAUAUAGUUCUUGGUUUUAAUUAGCCCACUGAAAUCAGUAGAUUCUGAUGUAGUCCUGCCUUUAUUUAUCAUUUACCAACUGCUCCCCCGCCAGGCGUCUUUAAUUUAUUCUCUAGCAAUUUAAACUACUAAUUUUUAAAUCCUAGCGCCUAAGACUUGUUUUUGUUUUACUCUUAUUAUUUUGUAUUUUAUUUUACCAUAAAUUACCACUACUCUGUAUACCUACUUUAUGAGUUUUCCGAUAAGAUCGCAAAGGAAGGAUGUAAACUUAAGUGAGGCCAGAGGAAGAUCCUGAAGAGAGAACAGGAGAGUAGAAAUUAUGAUUCAAGCUCUGUAACUACCUUGAAGUAAAUCGUAAAUCAAUUACUUUAAAAAUGAAUAAUAUUAAACCUCGUAUAGUUCAAGAAAAAUUCCAAAAAAAGAAACGAAAAAUGAAUUAAUUUUGUGUUUUUAUUGGCCAAUUUGCGUUGCACUGGCAUUGCUAUUUGUUUGAUUUCGGGAUUCCAGUUGGAAAGAAUUUUUUAUUUUUAAUUUUAUUUAAAUUGCAGUAUUUAAUGGAAUUUAGUUUAAAUUUAAAAAGUGAACAAGUUUAGAGGCAACUAUUUAUUUAUUCGCCUAUAUUGGAUUUUCAAGAAUUUUUCAAGUAACCCUUCAGCAAAUAUUCAUCUUUAUGAAGCUCAACCGAUAACAAAACAAAAUAAUGUAUUCUUACGAUACGCAUUCUUUGGAGGAAAUGUUUAGCUCCUACUAAUAAGUACAGUAAACCAUUGAUUGGGUGGACUUCGCCUAAGCUCACGCAACAAAGAAGCCAGUGUAUGCCUGUAAUUUUAGACUUUUUAAGAGCAUUGCUGGGCUACCAGCCACUAAGCAAAGAGUUUUAGUCCUAGAAAAACACAAUACUUGCUAGCGUUUUAAAUGCAAAGACCGCUUAGAUACUUAGCAAUAAAGUUGCUGCAACAAAUGAAAUUGAAUAGAGUUUUAUCCCAGAUAGACUGUUAUCAAUUGUAUACGAGAAACUCGAAUAAAAAUCACAUUUGGGGUGUACUUCUAAUAUAUAUGUA